UCUUGUCCAAGAUGGCGGCUCCCGAGGUUGUUCCGGCUGAGAGCUGGCUCCGUACCCGGGAUGUGCUUCUGCACGAAGGGCCCGAAGACUUCGGGUCGCUGCUGCUGUCGGCCCCAGUCCUGGAGGGUCUGAAAGCUGCCGGGUUCCUGAGGCCUUCCCCGGUGCAGCUCAAAGCCAUCCCGCUGGGACGCUGCGGCCUAGAUCUCAUUGUACAAGCAAAAUCUGGCACUGGUAAAACCUGUGUCUUCUCUACUAUUGCACUUGAUUCCCUUAUAUUAGAAAGCCCUGUUACACAGAUUUUGAUCUUGGCCCCUACCAGAGAGAUUGCUGUUCAGAUUCAUGCAGUUAUUACAACUAUUGGGAUUAAGAUGGAAGGCUUGGAAUGUCAUGUCUUCAUUGGAGGAACCCCUUUAAACCAAGAUAAAAUGAGGCUGAAAAAGUGUCACAUAGCAGUUGGCUCUCCUGGGCGCAUAAAGCAACUCAUAGAACUGAACUAUCUGAAUACAGCCAGCAUUCGUCUCUUCAUUCUUGAUGAGGCAGAUAAGCUUCUGGAAGAAGGUAGUUUCCAGGAUCAAGUCAAUUGGAUUUAUUCUUCUCUACCAGCCAAUAAGCAAAUGUUGGCUGUGUCAGCCACCUAUCCUGAAUCCUUGGCUAAUUCUUUGACUAGGUACAUGAGAGACCCCACCUUUGUGAGAUUGAAUCCCACUGACCCAAGUCUCAUUGGGUUGAAGCAGUACUUCAAAGUUGUGAAUUCUCACCCGUUACCUCAUAAGACUUUUGAGGAGAAGGCUGAACAUUUACAGGAGCUGUUCAGCAAGAUUCCUUUCAACCAGGCCCUGGUCUUCUCGAAUCUACAUAGCCGAGCUCAACACCUAGCAGAUUUACUGACUUCCAAAGGUUUUCCUGCUGAGUGCAUUUCAGGCAAUAUGAAUCAGAACCAACGACUUGAUGCUAUGGCUAAACUCAAGCAGUUUCAUUGCAGAGUCUUGAUUUCAACUGAUUUGACUUCCCGUGGAAUUGAUGCUGAGAAGGUGAAUCUAGUUAUCAACUUGGAUGUGCCUUUGGAUUGGGAAACAUACAUGCAUCGGAUUGGCAGAGCUGGGCGCUUUGGAACUUUAGGGCUAGCAGUGACAUAUUGCUGCCGUGGGGAAGAAGAAAACAUGAUGAUGAAAAUUGCACAGAAAUGUAACCUUCGGUUACUUCCUUUACCAGAAUGUAUACCUCCUGGGCUCAUGGAACAGUUUGAAGGCUGGGAUGUCGAAGUCACUGCUGUCCCAUAUCCCAAUGCUUCACUGAAUGCAUCUCUGUUGCCAGCUAAGAGACCAGAGGGGACCAUGCAGCACACAACAGUAAGCACCAGUGCUCCUGUUGUUUGUGAAAAUUCUGUUGCAGCCAAGCCAAAACAAGCCCUCAAACAGAAGCUUAAAAUGAGAACAGAGGAUACAAAACCAAAAACAACCAGGAAGCAACAGUCUUCCCAUAGUAUCACUCAGCAGAAGCGCCAAAUAGAGCCUUGUCUUCAGACUGCUGAAAAGCAUAACGAGGAGAUGGACAGGGAAACAUUAAAAAGCAUGCUUCCCAAGAUCCCUUGCUUAUCAUCAUUUAAGAACCAGCAGUCCACCAGCACAUGGAGCAUGGCGGAGUUCAUUGAGGAUUAUGAAUACUUCAUUAAAGAAGGCUCAGAGAGAGAAGUGGAAAUAGUAAGAAGCUAUACAGGCCCAGGAGAGCAGCACCAACACCCAGAAAGUGAUACUAAUAGAAUUUGUAUUGAAACAGAAUCCAGCUUGCAUGCUGCAAAAGCUCGUGUAUUGACAGGGGACUCUGAUAGCGAUAGUAGCUCUUGCAGUUCUGGGUCAUCCACCUCUAGCUGGGAGGACCAGUCAUAUAGUAAAGCAUCUUCAAAUACACAACAAAGAGACAAUGGUGUGCUGACAUCGGAUCAGAAAUGUGUAUCGCAGUUCAGUGGUGUCCCUGAACCACCACAGUUCCAAACGAGUCCUCAGCUCCAGAAGAUAAAGGAACAGAAUAUAAAACAGAGCAAUCAAAGCCGCUUCCGUUGUACCACCAAGCCCUCCAAGAACGAGAAUGUAAAAAGUGUAUCUGAAGUCAAACCUACUCCUUUCCCUGUGUGUGAAGAUCAGAGUUAUGAGGAAUACUGGCGAGCAUAUUACCGAGCUUGGCGGGACCAUUAUGCAGAAGCUUCUCGUUCAUACUACCAAAUGUAUCAGCGACCAUCAAACUUUCUAACUGCUUAUCAUGCCAAUGCAAUCUAUUUUGAAGAGUUGUUGCGCGGUAACAGAUAAUUGUAAUUUCUGCCACCCAAAACAUACUAGUGGAAUCUUAAAUCACCUUUCUGUUUCUGUUUACACUCACAUAUUUUCUUUAUUCCAUGUAUAUACUGUUUUGUAUACUUUCCAGAAGGUGAAAUGCUGCAACAGUAUUGCUAAUAAAUAGUAUGAAAAUA